AUGGGUAUCUGCUUAGAAAUGACAAUCUCAUAUUUCUUCUUGUUUCUGGUUUUUGUCGUAGGCCUUGGAGGAGGCCAAAAUGGGUGUGAUGAAUUUCCGUGUGGAAGCCUUGGCCCAGCCAUUCGAUUUCCCUUCCGACUAAACAGCCAGCCACAUCACUGUGGGUAUCCUGGGUUUAAUCUAUCUUGCACUGAUAGAAACGAGAUGGUGCUCCAGCUGCCCAUUUUUGUGAAAUUCUUUGUGAAAAAUAUUGACUACAAAUCUCAGGUGAUUGAAGUAUACGACCCAGAUCAUUGCUUUCCAAGACAGCUUCAUACACUCAAUUUGGCUUCCCCGCCUUUCCGAAUUUUGAAACAACACUACCAGUAUGACUUUGCCUUAUUCAAUUGUUCCUCAACAGAAAAACAAUCCGACUAUGCGAUCUCUUGUCUUAGCGGCCCAGGCCACGAAGUUCGUGCCUUCCCUUCGUAUAAUGAUGACAUCAGCGAUUUGCCCAUUGCAUCUUGUAAAAAGAUGUAUAAUCUUCGAUCAAUUUCACAGGGUGUAGUGUUCGGUUAUGAUAAUAUUAAUCUGCAAUUGAAGUGGUCCGGACCAAAGUGCAGACACUGUGAAGAGAAAGGCAAGGGAUGUAGAUUGAAGAAUAAUAGCAAUGAAUCAGAAACGGUGUGCUUCACCAAACAUGCAAAAGGUAUAAUCAAUUUCUCCUCAAGUUUCUCUCUUGCUUCAAGCCAAUAUUGGUUUGGUUAUUUACAAUGA